UUCUGCGCUCUCAUCAUGGCGGCGCGGGGCCAUGUGCAGGACCCCAACGACCGCCGCCUGCGGCCCAUCUACGAUUAUCUCGAUAAUGGCAAUAAUAAAAUGGCAAUCCAGCAAGCAGAUAAACUGCUCAAAAAGCACAAGGACCUUCACUGUGCCAAGGUGCUGAAGGCCAUUGGCUUGCAGAGGACUGGCAAGCAGGAUGAAGCCUAUGCCCUGGCACAAGAGGUGGCAGCACUUGAACCCACAGAUGACAAUUCCUUGCAAGCACUGACCAUUCUGUACCGGGAAAUGCACAGACCUGAGCUGGUGACAAAACUUUAUGAGGCAGCUGUGAAGAAGGUGCCCAACAGUGAAGAGUAUCACUCCCACCUCUUCAUGGCCUAUGCCAGGGUUGGAGAGUACAAGAAAAUGCAACAGGCUGGAAUGGCACUUUAUAAGAUUGUUCCCAAAAAUCCAUAUUAUUUUUGGUCUGUGAUGAGCCUGAUCAUGCAGUCUAUCUCAGCACAGGAUGAAAACCUCUCCAAGACAAUGUUUCUGCCACUUGCUGAGAGAAUGGUGGAAAAAAUGGUGAAAGAGGACAAGAUUGAAGCUGAGGCUGAAGUGGAACUGUACUACAUGAUCCUGGAACGUUUGGAGAAGUACAAGGAAGCUUUAGAUGUUGUGAGGGGAAAACUUGGAGAGAAGCUGACGAGUGAGCUGCAGAGCCGGGAGAACAAGUGCAUGGCCAUGUACAAGAAGCUGCAGCGGUGGCCCGAGUGCAACGCGCUGGCCAGGAGGCUGCUGCUCAAAAACUCAGAUGAUUGGCAGUUUUAUAUAACUUACUUUGAUUCAGUGUUUCAACUCAUUGAUGAAUCCUGGACGCCUCCAGCAGAGGAAGAGCACUCUCUGGAGGGGGAGGUGCACUGCUCCAUCGAGCAGGCUGUGAAUUUCAUCGAGGAGAGGAUCUCAGAGGAGUCCAAGAGCUCGCGGCCGCUGCGGGGACCGUACUUGGCCAAGCUGGAGCUGAUCAGGCGCCUGCGGCACCGCGGCUGCAAUGAUGAGUACAAGCUGGGUGAUCCAGAAGAACUAAUGUUCCAGUACUUCAAAAAAUUUGGGGACAAGCCCUGCUGUUUUACUGAUCUCAAAGUGUUUGUGGAUCUCCUCCCAGCCAGCCAGUACACAAAGUUCAUCCGGCAGCUGCUGGACGUGAUCCCGCUGGCGGCGGCGGCCGAGAACGAGGUGGCUCUGCCAGGGGACAUCAAGGCCCUGCAGCAGCACCUGUGUGUGGUGCAGCUCUCCAGGCUGCUGGGCAUCUACCACGCCAUGGAGAAGAAGCAGAAGCUGGCAGUGGUGCGGGAGCUGAUGCUGAGAUACCGCCACGGGUUGGAGUUUGGGAAAUCUUGUUUGAAAACUGAAUUGCAGUUUUCAGAUUAUUACUGCCUGCUUGCAGUUCACCUACUGCUUGAUCUGUGGCUGGAAGGUGAAGAGGCAGCUGUGUGGCAGUGCCUGACUCUCCUGGAGGAGGGGCUGUCUCACAGUCCCUCCAAUGCUCAGUUUAAGCUGCUGCUCAUCCGGAUCUACUGCAGGCUCGGCGCCUUCGAGCCCGUCUCGGAGCUCUACUCCAGCCUGGACGCCAAGCACAUCCAGCACGACACCAUCGGUUAUCUCCUGACACGCUACGCCGGCUCGCUGGGCCACUACGCUGCUGCUUCCCAAUCCUGCAACUUUGCACUCAGGUUUUUCCACUCCAACCAGAAAGAUACCUCAGAGUACAUCAUCCAAGCCUACAAGUACGGGGCGUUCGAGAAGAUCCCGGAGUUCAUCGCCUUCAGGAACCGCCUGAACUCCUCCCUUCACUUCGCGCAGGUUCGCACCGAGCGGAUGCUGCUGGACCUCUUACUUGAAGCAAACAUAUCAACCAGUUUAGAAGAAAGUAUAAAGUCCAUGAGUCUGAGCCCAGAGGAGGAUGACAUUCCAUGGAAAGAUCUGCGUGACAACAGAGACCUGACAGUCUUGUUUAGCUGGGAUCCAAAAGACAGGGACAUUUCUGAGGAGCACCGGAAGCUCUCCCUGGAGGAGGAGACGCUGUGGUUGCGAAUCCGCUCCUUAACGUUGAGGCUGGUGAGCGGGCUCCCAACCCUUGGUCACACCAUCCAACCAAAGAACUCUGAAAAGACUGCAGAGAACGGUGUCUCAUCCAAGAUCGACACCAUCCGAGCCCUGCUGCAGCAGCUGGAAGCGGCGGUGGAUUCAGGGAAGAAGUUUCUAGAACAAAAAAUCCAGUAUCCUGUCCUUGGCCCUCCUCCUACCCGAAUGGCUGGCUUCUUCAGCAAUGGCAGCUGUCAGUGCCAGACUAGCUUGUUUUACCUUGUUAGUGAUAUUUAUGAACUAGAUACCAAUGGCUUAGAAGAUUCAGCAGAAAUCCAGGAAAGAAUAGGGAAUAGUUUCAAGUCUUUGGUAGAACGCCUGACAGACUUGUUCAAUAAAUGUAAAGGUGAUUUGAUUGAAGUCAGAGAUGGCACCUUGAAAACUCAUCCAAACCUGUUAGAAAACUUAGUCUUCUUUGUUGAGACGAUCUCCAUUGCCCUGUGGGUAUCAAGUUACUGUGACAGUGUCCUCCGACCUUUUAAAUCCAACCUGCAAAAAAAGAAGAAGAAAAAAAAAGAGAGCAGUGUAGCAAUGCCACCUGUAUUUACCCAUUUCCUGGAUUAUGUAACUGAACUCCAGACAUUAACUUCCAAUGUAAUAGAUCAUAUCAAAGGGCUUGAAAUCAUUCUGACUGCACUAAAACUUGAAGAGCUGUCCCUCAAGGACACUCUGCUUUUACAGGAAGAAAAAAAGUUUACAAAGACUGUGCAAGGGAAGGUCCAGAGCAGUUACCAUCACUCAGUUCAGGAAAUUGGAGAGCUGCUGAAAAAGAGACUUGAUACCAUUAAAAAACUAAAGAUUUGAGCAGUGCAUCCCUGACAGACUCCACAGGGGAGUGACACCAGAGUCCCAGACAGAAGCAACAUCCACUCUACCAUCACUUAAAUCCAGAACUUCCUCAUAAUGCAUGAAGGACUUAAAAUCAUGAAAGAAUUUUUUUAGGUAUUACAGAUGUAUUGAGCUGAUUUAAAUUAUUGUACAUAAAAGAAGCAGGGACCCUUCCUGGGGUUUGACCACUUUUUAUACAUGUUCAUAAGCAUAUUGCAACAGGAGAAAAGUCACUUUCUUCCCUUUUGAUCUCUAGAACCAACUGGAGAUGGUCUUUAGAAGCAGCAAUAGCAAUCCAGUGUAAAGCAUCUAUCUCCAAGGAUAUUUUCAUCACCAUACAGUGUUCAUAACUUUUGUAUGGUCCUUGCCUUAGAAAUGCAGGAAUUGUAGAUGUCCACGUUGAGCCACCUCUGAUGAACUGAUCUGGCUUGGAGCUGCCUGUUUUGUCUGCAAACCACCUGGUCCUGCUGCCAGAAUUCCAAGUGUUGCUCCAUCAGGGAGAGGUGAGGCCUCUGUGGUGGGCUGGGAAUCAUCCAGAGCUGGGGCAGGAUCCUCCAGGGAGGAGGUGUCUGUGCACAGCUCGGGAAAACUGCAGAUGUGAUGAGGAGCAAACUGCAGAGAGAGAGAGAGAUGGGAAUGGGUGUUUCAGCAAAAAAAAACAAACACAAAAAGAGAGACCUUGUAAAUAAUGGCUGCAGUGAAGUGUGACACUGCGCUGGUAUCAUGUCAGUUUAAUGUCAAACAGCAACGUCAUGACUUUUAAAAAGUGUAUUUAGAUUACUGAAACUUUAAGACUUCAAUAUUUUAAUAGAAAUGGAAUCCUAUUGGCUUUGGUUUUAAGUUGGCAGAGGUAACUUUGCUUCCGCUGUGGUCUGAGGCUGAGCUCCUUUUUGUACCUGUCUGCUUGCUUGUUGCAGUUGAACUUUGAUUAUCCAAGCACUGGCCCAUGGAGCUUUCUGUUAGAAAGUGUGACCAUAUCAUCUGCUCCCACAGAAUCUGCAUUUCUGCUGGGUUUUUUUCAUGUUCAAAGAGCAAUGCAGCCUAAAAUUGAUAGGCAAAAAAAAAAAGUUCAUGUACCUGCAAUACAAGGGACAGGUCAGACCCAACAAAUUCCUCAUCUCCUGGUUUAGAGCCACAGGUAUCCAAGUCUAGAUUUAAAGUUUGAAGAGAGCUUGACUGCCUUUGUCAUCUCCUCUGUUUUGUUAGUAAUGCUAGAAUGUUGAUGAGAGUAUUUUUUUAAUAAAUCCCCUGUAUUAAAAAACAAAAAAAAGUCCCAUAGCUGCUCUUGCUGGAUUUAGUUUGGCUUUGCCCCAUCCUGAAAGGGAAAGAAGAAGAAUGUCUGCAGGUUGUCAAAUUGCAAAGGAUGUCCUGAUGGUUGAAUCACAGUGUCUGGUAAGUGCUCUGGGCUGGAGGAAUACCAAAAUGUGUUAAGUUUGUUUUAUAGUAAUACUUUUACUGAAAAAAAAAAAAAAAGAAAGAAAAGAAAAAAAAGAAACAGAACUGUCAUGUUGUAUAGAAAUAUCAUUUUUGAAAGGAGGGUGUGCUCCUUGAAUUAAAGCAAGGCUGGUGACUGGAGGUGAUGCUGUCAGGGUGAGUGAAACCCCCCAGAGCUGGGCUGGGGCAGUUCAGAGCAGCCCUGAGCCAAACCAGGCCCUGCCCUUCCCAGUCAGGGCCACAGUGGCCCUGCUGCUGUCCCUGUCCUCUGAUUCCCAAGGGCUUUGCACAAACACAGCAAAGGUGACACAGGGGACAGUCCCAGGGCUGGUCCAGGCUGGAGUUUCCUUCCACUGCUGCUACACCAGGUUGAACUCAGUCGAAUCAAUAAGCAAUGGUGACAGUGUGAGUGAGGUUUAGGAUUAAGAGAACCAAGCAUUUAAAAUCCUCCUGUGUGCCUGAAAGCAGAAGCUGGGUUAAAAAAAGGUUUCCUGCAUCCCUUGAAAGCAGAACUGAAACUGGAGGGGAUUGGUGUCAUCUGAGGCAGGGGCUGGGACAGGGUGGAACCAUGGCUCUGUCACUUCCAGCACAGGGAAUUGUGAUGUUCUCAGUGCCAGCUGCUGGGAAUGACAGCCUUGGCAAACACAGGACUUUGGGGCUCCUCAGUGGUUUCUAAAAGCAGAGGCUGUCUCUUCCCAAGCUGUAGUUUCUCUAGGAGGAAACAGUGUACAAAAAUGACUCCAUACUCACUGACUGGGGGCUUGCUUGAGGGAGAGUUUCUCUCCCCCUAUAAAUUGUGUACAGUUAAAUAUAUUAUAUAUUUCUUAUGAAAGAGCAUUUCCCCUCCAGAAUAUGUCCCACACAGACCUGGUAAGAAAUUCAAGCUAUAACCCAUUGCUGCUGUUCCCCUUUUUUCCACUCUUAGGAUUUGUUUUUGUUGGUUUCGGAUUUUCUUUGGGUGAUGAAUUGAAAAACAUACCUAGAAGAAGCUACCAAGACUACUGUUUACAGACUGAAAAAUUACUGCUUUUAUACUACUGGGAUCAUGAGCCACGAUCCUUUUACAGAUUUCCUCAACUCCUCUUGGCUUCAAAUCAGUGUCUGAUGUAGAUAAAGGUUGGAAAUCUCCUACUCUGCUUUGUCUACACACAGGACAAACUGUACAAUGCUUGUUUGUGUUGUCCAUCAUUUUUGUACUUUUUAACUGUUCAAAAAUUGCAUUUAUAUUUUGCAAUCCUUGAUAAUCAUGACUUUAUUUUAACAGCUAGUAAUCUUAGGGAAAUUUUUUUGUUGUAUUUGCAGCCUUAUCUGAACUUUCUCUUCCUUGAUUAUUGUUAAUUUAUGACUGUAGGAGAUAUGUACGCCUCAGCCUUCUACGGACUUAAGUGACACAGCUGCAACUGAACUGCUUUAAACUGGAUGGGUUUAUAAUUUAUAUAAAAGUCAGUUUCGUUACAAA